AUGCCUCGUCGCUUUGAGUCCGAUGAGCAUGUCACUCUCUCCGAUGACAAGAGCGAUGCCAGUGCUGACCUCCCAGACAUCUUCUCGAACGACCCUUCUGAAGGUACCUCCGGCAGUGAUAUGGAGCCAGACAGUGACGAUUCGGAUGGCGAUUCGGAGGACGAUUCAGACGAUGAUUCAGAUGAUGACGCCCUCUUCAACGAUGAAGAGCAGCAUCCCCCAGACUGGCGUUGCGACCAACGACGGGGCAAGAAUGGACACAGGACUCCUGGAAUCAAGUAUAAGAGCUCCUUGGAGACCUUCUGGAAGUGUUGGCAUCUAGUCUACAAGCGCGAAGUCGGGCACGGGCUCGACAAGGUGACUAUCGUACAGGUGGAGGAUGCGCUGUUGGACCUUCGCUAUCGGCACCUCCGGUUGAACCUGAUCUGUGAUCCAGAUGGAGAGCGUCCUCGACUGUUCAUUUACCUGACACUGGAGUUUACAAAGACGUUCCUGGGCAAGAAGGAGCUGAAUACUUUCCCGAUCCCUGAGAUCAUCUAUGACCCGACCUUGGUCCUCAGCCCCCAUGUCUUCCUCCUAGGCAUGUUAUUCCGGAUCGGAGCCUUCAAGAAUAUAUCCAUGGACGGCCCAGUCGUGAACUGCCCAGAGAACUUGUACAGCCUCGGCAUUUUAGAUGGGCUUAACCAGCAGGAAUUGAAGUUGAAGGAUGAAAUAUUGGAUCAAUUUGUGUUCUGCCAGGCGAUUCAGGAAGCAGAUGGGGUUCGGAUUGCUCUUGAUCAGCAACUGUCGUCGGCGACCGUCCGAUACCGGAUGAAACAGGAAGGUGAAAUCACAGGCUUUGAACAAGUCACGAAGCCGUGCUGCCUUCGAUACAGAGCAGCCAAGGCAUUCAAUGACAGCUCGGACGUGACAGAUGAGCUCCAGAACAUGAUGUUGCAGCAUGCCAGCAUCAGCACCUUUGUUCAGCACUAUAGCGGGCUGCCACAAGAGAAACGAUUGAUGCGUUUCGCAUGCUCCAUGAGCCGGUCGAUCGAUCCCUGGCGACCCUAUAAGCUGUCUGCAGAAGACUCCAGUUCUAUCAAUGAGCUCCCUUGUGUGUGUGCCUUGCAGGAGCUGGUUCAGAAGCGUAAGCAGGCUCGGGAUUGGUGCAGUGAUAAAUACAAACAUGCAGAGGGAAGAUACGAACAGGCCCUCUGUGAACAGCGAAACGAGAAACAACAGGAACUGCUGCGACAGAACCUGGAACGGUAUCAGGAUAAGUACGACCGCGUGGAUCAGAAAUAUCAACGGGCCCUCUGUGAGCUGCGGAAUGAGAAGCAGCGGCAAUGCAACCGCCUGGUGCGGGAGAACCUGGAGCGGUAUAAAAACAAGCAACCAGUGAUCGACAGCGAACGGCAGCUCUCUGGAAAGAUGGUAGAUGAGGAGGUGAUCGGGGCGUUGCAGCAAACAGGGUAUAUGACACCACAGCAUAUGAUGCUGAUCAACACCAUCCUGACCAUUCCGGGUGCCAUGAUCGAAGCUGAAUAUCAGCGUUGGAUUGCAGCAAUCAAUGCAGUAAUUGCAUUCUGUGAUGUGAUGGAGGGCGCCCCAACACAGCCUGGCCCGUCCUGA